AUGGAUGGAAUUCAUGAGGAAGAAGCAUACGUUAAUGCAAUUCCUUCCAAAAAACCAUCAUGGUCUCAACUCAUUCUCCAAGGGGCGCUCGCCGCUGCCGACGCAGCCACGGCUUCCACUUCUUCAACCUUUAACUUCAGCCAAAUUCAGAGGCCAGAAACCGAUUCUCUACCUGAUGCUUUUUCUACUGAAGCUCACGAGGAUAUCCAUCAUAUUGGGGUCACUAUGUUUCGGAAUAUAUUGCUGAAGAAAAGGUACUCCCAACUUAUCAACAAAUUCCGGAUAAUUUGUGAGAACAAAAAGACAAAAGUGGUAUCUCCUUUCAAAUCUGAUAUGACAAUCCCACUAGUUUAA